AUGAAUAAUCAGGCGCGGGCAUCGCGUCACGCGUCUGGAAUUUUACCGUCAAAACAGUUUUUUGCACCAAGAAAACCAAUAACGGCCAUAUCAAAAAGAAAAUCUGCACUAUCUGUUGUUGGUAAUUCACCAAAUACACCACCUUCACCUGGUGCACAAUCCGUUACUACUAAUAGAUCCACACUUACUUCCGUAAUAAAUUCCCAAUUUUUGAAUAUCAACUCCGAAGAUGAAGUUUCUCUUUUACAACAACCUUCCUCACUUGCCCUUGCAAACUUUUCAUCACAAUCUUCCUCCAAUAUUAAUAGCCCUUCACUUGACCAAUCGAUUGAUAAUAUUUUUAAUCCAGAUGCUUCCGUAACUAAUCGAAAUUCAUUACUUACUAAACCUCCAAGUGCUUUACUUUUAAGGCGUCAACAACGUCAACAAAAUGGUGAAGGUGGAAGUACAGAGUUAUCUCAAGCUGUUAUCGAUUCAGUUCUGGAGCCAAUUAUUCCGGCACCAGUUUUAGAACCUUCAUCAUAUAGACAAUUAAUGCGUCAAGCUACUUCCAAUGCUGGUUCAGAUCUAUCAUCAAGAGAUUUUGCAGCCGCUACCGCUUAUUCUAAACAUUCUGAUAUUUCUCCUAAUACACCUUCCUCAAACACUAAACUUAAUGUGAUAUCAUCAAAGAAAUUCAAUCCUUCUCAAACAAAACAACCUGAUUUUAAUAUUAAAUAUCCUCGAAUUAUGUCACCACAUUCGUCUUCAACUGAACAUAAAAGUCAACGUUUAUAUCAAGUAUGGCCUGGAAGAAAUCGAUUUUUUUUAGGUGGUAGGAUAAUGACUAGCAGAGAUUUUCCUGCCUUUUUGGUUGCCUUUUCUGCCCUUGUAGUUCCAUCUGGACUAUUCAUGGGAUUUACUUGUCCAUUCCUUUUUGAUAAUGUGUCACCAGCGGUGGUAUUUAUAUUUGUUUACUUAUUUUUAUUGGCUGUGACUAGCAUGCUUAGAACUUCAUGGUCGGAUCCAGGAAUCAUUCCAAGAGGUUUGGAUCCAUCACCUCCAACAGAAUAUAUAGAAGAUCCAGAAAAUGCCCAAAACAAUGAUGAUUUCGAACCAGCUCGUAGCUUUCCACUUCCAAAAGAAGUUAAAAUUAAUGGGCAAACUGUUAGAUUAAAAUAUUGUGAAACAUGUAAAAUUUAUAGACCACCCAGGUGUAGUCAUUGUAGACAAUGUGACAAUUGCGUAGAGAAUGAGGAUCAUCAUUGUAUCUGGUUAAAUAAUUGUGGACUAACCGGGUAUCACAUGUAUUUAAUUAGCAAUAAUUUGACAACGCAUGAACAAAUACGUGUUCCUAUCGCAAGGAGAAAUAACAGGAACCCGUUUGACUAUAGGAAUGUAUUUAGGAAUUGCCUUUCGGUUCUAUGUAGACCUAUGUCAUCAAGUUCGGUCAGUAGUCGUGCUUAUGUUGAUAAACAAGAUAUUAAUGGGGUUCAUGUACAUGGAUUUAAUGAGGGUGUUAGAAGUACGGUCAUAGCAGGUGAUAUAGAUAAUAAUAAUCCACUUGGUGAAGGUGAUAUAAGAGUAGAUAUAAAAGAAGUCAUAACUGUUAAUAAUAGUGAUGAAGGAUUAAAUGCGUUACGACCAAAUAAUAAUGAAAAUAUUAAUAUAAAAGAAGAUACAGAAGUAUCAUUAUCACCCAAUUUACUUGUCCCAUCUAUUAAAAUUAAUGAAAAUGUUUCCGUUCCAAAUGAAAAAGAACGAAUUAAAGAACCACAAAUGACAGAAUUAAUAAUUACCUCAGAAUCAUCUUAA